CCAGAAUUGCCGGCUGCCUUCGCCAGGCGCCGGUGCCGAGGGUGCCGCUUCCCCCGGCGUCCGCGGCGGCGGGGCGGGCCGAGGUGGGCCCAGGGCGGAGCUGCCGCGCCGGUGCCGCCCCUCGCUGCCGACAAGAGAUGAGGUAAUCGGGGAAGCGGCCGAAAUUGAAGCCCGGCGGCAGCGGCGGGAGCAGCGGUGCCGCCCGGGCCGGGCCGGACCGGACCGGGAUAGCCCCGGCCGGGCGCGCCGCGCCAUGACGGAGCGGUGUAGCCUGUGGAGCGCCUUGUCAGCCGCCGCCUGCUGCUUCUACCGCGGCUCCUUCAUGCAGGUCCAGUUCUCCAAAGAGAAAUACAUCCUUGAUUCAUCACCAGAGAAGCUUCACAAGGAGCUGGAAGAGGAGCUGAAGCUGAGCAGCACUGACCUGCGCAGCCACGCUUGGUACCAUGGCCGCAUUCCCCGGGAGGUAUCGGAAAGCCUCGUGCAGAGGAACGGCGACUUCCUUAUCCGCGACUCCCUCACCAGCCUGGGUGACUAUGUGCUGACUUGCCGCUGGCACAACGAGCCCCUCCACUUCAAGAUCAACAAGGUGACAGUCAAGUCUAGUGAGGGCCCAACCUGUCUCCAGUACCUCUUUGAGCAGGAGAGCUUUGACAAUGUGCCUGCCCUCGUCCGCUUCUAUGUGGGUAACCGCAAGGCCAUCUCGGAGCAGAGCGGAGCCAUCGUCUACUGCCCCAUCAACCGCACCUUCCCCCUGCGCUACCUGGAAGCCAGCUAUGGGCUGGCCAGCAGCAAGCAUGGGGGUACCCACAGCCCCACCACCCAGAAAGGGGGGCACAUCAAGAGGAGGAGCAUCACCAUGACAGACGGUCUGACAGCUGACAAGAUCACCAGGGCUGAGGGGUGCCCAACCAGCGUAUCCCUGCCCCACCACAGAGACAUUGUUCGCAACUGUGCCGUCAGCGUGGACCAGAUCCAAGAUCUGCACUCUCCAAUGUCUCCCAUCUCAGAGAACCCAGCAUCACCUGCCUACAGUACAGUUACACGGCUAAAGCCACAUGCCUGCCAAGUGGCCGGGAUUGCCCCAGCCUCUCCAGUCAUAAGAAGGUCCAGCGAGCCCCAGCUGUGCCCAGGGAACAACAGCAAACCUCUGACAGACCCUGCCCAUAGCACCCACUCAACUCCCUGCCACGGGUAUGCCCGUGCCUCCCCUUCGCCCUCCACGAACAGCUACAGCGACCCAGACAUGGGGCACUACUGCCAGCUCCACCCCACCUCACCCAUCAGCAGAGAUCGGCCACCCCAUGACACCAAGCAGCUGCCAACAAAGAGCUACGUGGAGAGGCUAAAGGUGGAGGAAGGACAGAGAGGGACUGUGGAGAACAGCUCUGGGGAAGCUGAGGCAGGGCAGAGGCUAAAAGGAGAGCUGGACUUCAUGGGCUUCGUGCCUCCCAUGAUGGAGACAACCUCGUCCUUCAACCCCACAGCCUUCCAGUCCGUGCUUAUCCCCAUGGAGAACAAACCCCUGGAGAUGGCUGUGCUCAAGAAGGUCAAAGAGCUGCUGGCAGAGGUGGAUGUGAAGACACUGGCCAAACACAUCACUAAAGUGGACUGCCUGGUCGCACGGAUAUUGGGUGUGUCAGUGGAGAUGCAGCGGCUCAUGGGGGUGAGCUCUGGCAUGGAACUAAUCACCCUGCCCCAUGGCCACCAGCUCCGUCUCGACUUGCUGGAACGGUUUCAUACCAUGUCCAUCAUGAUCGCUGUCGAUAUCCUGGGCUGCACAGGCAGCACGGAGGAGCGGGCAGCCCUGCUCCACAAAACCAUCCAGCUGGCUGCCGAGCUGAAGAGCACCAUGGGGAACAUGUUCAGUUUUGCAGCUGUGAUGAAUGCUCUAGAAAUGACACAGAUUGCCCGGCUGGAGCAGACUUGGAUGGUCCUGCGGCAGCGGCACACAGAGGGUGCAAUCCUCUACGAGAAGAAGCUGAAGCCGUUCCUGAAGGGCCUGAACGAAGGGAAAGAAGGUCCUCCACUGACCAACACCACCUUUCCCCACAUCAUGCCUCUCGUGACUCUUCUGGAGCGGGAUGAGGCUUUGACAGACAGCCCUGAGCUCUGGGAGACCACUGACAACGGUGUGGAGGUGGUCAUGGCCCACCUUGAGGCAGCACGGAUGGUGGCCCACCAUGGUGGGAUCUAUCACACCAAUGCUGAAGUGAAGCUGCAGGGUUUCCAGGGCAGAGCAGAGCUGCUGGAGGUCUUCAGCACUGAGUUCCAACUGCGCCUGCUCUGGGGCAGCCGUGGGGCUGAAAGCAGCCAGGCUGAGCGCUAUGAAAAAUUCGACAAGGUCCUCACUGCCCUGUCCCACAAGCUGGAGCCAGCAGUACGCUUCAGCGAGCUCUAACUUUUCUGGGUGCUGAGAGACACC